AUGCUAGGCCAAGUGGCGCCAGGGUUGGUGGAACAAGAGUGGGAAGCGUCAGAGCUGGUGACACUAGAGCUGCUGGUGCUGGAACCAGUCGCGUUGGAGCCAGUGGUGCUGGAGCUGGUCGUGCGGGGGGUGGUGGUGCCAGAGCCAGAAGUGCUAGAGCCUGUGGCACAGGGACUGACAGCGAAUGAGCUGGUAGCUCAGGAGCAGUGGGUGCCAGCACAGGGUCAGUGGAAGGAGAAAUUCAGUUCAGAACCACACUCUCCAGUUUUUGGAAUUUAUCAACAUCCAGGGACAUUGUAUCACUUUAAAGUCAUUGUUUUCUACAUAUUGCUCUCUUUCAGGAAAUGCUGCUUCUCAAAUAAUUUGUUACUUCUUCAGUUCUUACACAUCCUGUGGAAAUCAGAUGCUGGAUAUGGUGUUAAAUCCAGGGUAUCAGCAGAAAGCAUGGAUUGUAUGCAGACAUUAUCAAAACAUCCUAAGGCAAUUGAUGCUGUGUAUUUUAAUUUGGCAAAUGAAGAAGGGUGGCACCUGAUUACUGGAACUGCCCAUCGACCGCAUGGUGUAGUUAAUGGCUUCCUUUAUGUGAAGGUUCCUAAUGUAGGGCUCCUAAUGUCUCCAAAACUGCCAGACACCAUGAUGUUCAGAAAUGAACUGGAGAGGAAAGACAAAUAUGGAGCAGAGGGACUAGUCAUUGCACCAUUUCAGCCAAUGAGAACAUGGGAAUUGCAGUACAAAGGAAAAAUGAAGUCAAGUACUGAUGAAAACAAAUUAUUUGAUGUUGAAAUCAACGCAGUUUGGAAUUCUGAAUACCAGUAUUUUGAUUAUGAUACUGACAUGGAUCCUUUGUGUAUCUCACGUGCUAUGGCUUUAGAGACAUGGAGUAGAGAAUAUUUCCAAAAUGUGCGAAGUUCCCACCAGACUCACUAUGAACAAUUUGGGAAGUUACAUGGUAAAGUGACAGUGAAUGGAAAACAGUACACAGUAAAGAUGGAUGGUGUAAGAGAUCACAGUUAUGGGGAAAAACGUGAGUGGAAGAAUUUUCAUCGUUAUGUGCUGCACUACAUUACUCUUGAAAAUGGAAUGAAAAUAUCAGCUGGUAUCAUAUGUGCACCACUAGCUUUCUCACGAUUGGAAAUUGGUUAUGUGUAUCAAGAAAGUGGAGAACCAAUACCAUUAAAUGGCUGUAACCUUAAACUGUACCAACAUGGGGAAGGUGGUACACCUCCAACCCAUUAUGGUUUUUCUUUUGAAGCAGGAGGAAUGUGGUACCAUGUUCAAGUAGAAAUAUUUGAGAGAUCUGAAUUUUAUAUUGGUUGGGAGUGGGAAACACGUGUGGUGGAAUGCCUAGGAAAUUUUAAAGUGAAUGGAGUUAAAGGCUGGGGUGCAGCUGAAUGGCAGUACCGUCACAUGGGGGGUCGUCCAGAUGAGGUAGCUUCCAGUGAUCCAGAAUGGGCAAAAUCCAUUGAAAAGGCAUAA